AUGAGUGACAAUUUAAGGGAAGAAUUAUUGUCAUUAAGAGUUAUGCGUCUUGCUAGACCUAAAUUAAAUGAAAGCCUUACACUUCCACUAGAUCCAUGUGAUGAUAUAUCAAAUGAGCUUCAUAAAUCUUUAAGGAUAAUAACGGGCCAAGAAAAUUUAGAAUUACCAAUUGGAUCAUAUUUAUUAGUUCCACAAACAUUUGAUAGUAUUUAUCUAGAAGUAUGUUCAAAAGUACAACUCCAAACUAAAACGCAAAAAAUUUUGUUAAAUUCAAAACUUAAUGAUAUAAAUGCUGAACUUCCAUCUAAAAAACAACUAGGUCAAGUAAUAUCAUAUGAAGUAAAAGAAACAGGUCAACAUAUAUUAGUUUGUGAAGUUAAUUAUAAAACACAAAAUGGUGAAAGAAUGUAUUUUAGAAAACAUUUUAAGUAUCUUGUUAAUAAACCAAUUGACGUCAAGACUCGCUUUUAUAAUGCGGAAGAUAAUUUAAAUAAUGAUGUUUAUCUUGAGGCACAAGUGCAAAAUACAUGUUGUAAUCCAAUUGUUUUAGAAAAAGUUGUUCUUGAUCCAUCUGAAUUUUAUCAAAGCUGUGAAAUUAAAUCAGCAACAAAGCCUUUAUCAAGCAUAUCUAAAUUAUCAGAUACAUUUAGAAAUUUUAAUAUUUCAACAAUAGAAUGUCCCCCAAAAACAAAGGGCAAAAAUAAUGAUAAUAUUUUUCUUCUUCCCCGUGAAAUCCGUCAAUAUUUAUAUCGUCUUACUCCAAAAAUGCACAAACAUUCAAUGCAUCAAUAUCGUGGUGUAACAACUAUUGGUAAACUUGAUAUGGCUUGGCGAUCACAUAUGGGUGAACGUGGACGAUUGCAAACUAGUCAACUUCAAAGAAUGGCUCCUGGUUAUGGUGAUAUUAGACUGAUAAUUCAAUGUAUCCCAUCAAACAUAAAAUUAAGGGUACCUUUUGAGAUAAUAUGCCGUUUAUACAAUUUUUGUGAAAGAAAUUUAGAUUUAUACUAUGAUGUUAUAAAUCUCCCUAAAGCUGGCCUUGAAUUUUGUUGCUUAAAUGGAGUACAUUUAGGUCAAAUAUCCCAAAAUAAAACUGUUGAUUUUAAAUUGACUGUUCUUCCUGUUUUACCUGGGUUUCAAUAUCUUUCUGGAAUUCGUGUAACUGAUGGAUUUUUAAAUAGAUUAUAUGAAUUUGAUGAAAUUUCAAAUGUUUUUGUUAAUGAAUAG